CUACGUAUUUUCCACAAACACAACAAACAAGAGAGAGAAAGUAAAAUAGAAAGAGAAAGAGAGAAGAAAGAAACGAACAAAGACGAGAGAAAUCAAUCAAUUUCUAUGCCAUCGAAGAUUCAUCAAUUUGUUUUAGGUUUUCAGGGAAGCUUCAUUAUUCACAAAUUUGAUCUCGUUACAUCUGUAGAUCUCGCCAUAUGAGCUUGUUUGAUAAGCUUCGUUGUUCUCCACCUAAUAACCAUAAUUGCCGCCUUAUUGCCGGCAUUAUUCUCUUUCUUUUCUAUCAUUCUGCUCAAUUGAUUUCCAAUUUCUUGCUUCCUAUAAAACCGUAAUUGCUUUCUUUCUUAUCUUUUUUUCUCAAUUUUUUGUUAAUUUUCAAUUAAUUUUAAUUCGUUGAUUUUAAUCGAAUGGAGCGUAAUCAGUCUGUCGCCGAUCACAUACGCAACGCUACAAAUGCUCGAUGCAUUGAUAAAAGAACUCGUAAAACUCCUUCCGUGAUUGUUAUUGGUGGUGGCAUCUCUGGAGUUGCUGCUGCUCGUUUUCUGGAUAACGCAUCAUGCAAGGUUGUUUUAUUGGAAUCACGAGAUCGACUUGGUGGCCGAAUCCAUACUGAUUACUCGUUUGGCUGUCCUGUUGAUAUGGGGGCUUCAUGGUUACAUGGUGUCUGCAAUGAGAAUCCAUUGGCUCCAUUGAUACGUUCUUUGGGGCUUCGAUUAUACCGUACCAGCGGUGAUAAUUCUGUGAUCUAUGAUCAUGACCUUGAAAGCCUAAGCCUCUUUGCUAAGAAUGGACAACAAAUUCCGCAGCAGACGGUUGUUGAAGUUGGUGAAAUAUUUAAAAAGAUCCUCAAGGAGACCGAAAAAAUUAGAGAUGCCCACAAUGAUGACAUGUCUGUUCUUGAAGCAAUUGCAAUUGUGCUGGAUACACAUCCACAUUUGAGACAAGAAGGGCUGGCGCAUGAAGUUUUACAAUGGUUUUUGUGUAGAUUGGAAGCGUGGUUUGCGGCUGAUGCAGAUAUGAUUUCAUUAAAAAGUUGGGAUCAGGAGCAAAUUCUUUCUGGUGGUCAUGGAUUAAUGACUCAAGGCUACUUUCCCGUAAUAGAUGCACUAGCAAAAGGCGUGGACAUACAGUUGAAUCACAGGGUUACUAAGAUUUCAAGUGAGCUUGACAUGGUGAAGGUGACAGUAGACGGAAGCAAAGAAUUCAUUGCUGAUGCUGCAAUCAUAACCGUGCCUCUGGGUGUUCUAAAAGCCAACUUGAUUCAAUUUGAGCCAAAGUUACCAGACUGGAAGAUGUCUGCGAUUUCAGAUCUAGGGGUUGGCAAUGAGAAUAAGAUUGCUUUGAGAUUUUCUGAAGUGUUUUGGCCAGAUGUUGAAUUACUAGGAAUGGUCGCUCCCAACUCUUUCGCAUGUGGUUAUUUUCUCAAUCUACACAAGGCAAUUGGAGAUCCUGUCCUUGUCUAUAUGAUUGCAGGCAGGUGUGCUUAUGAUCUUGAAAAACUUUCGGACGAGGCAGCCGUUAAAUUUGUAAUGUUACAGAUCAAGAAAAUGUUUCCAAAUGCUUCCGAUCCGGUCCAGUAUCUUGUUUCUCGUUGGGGAACAGACCCUAACUCUCUCGGUUGCUAUUCAUAUGACCUGGUGGGAAAGCCUAGCGAUGUUUACGAUAGAUUAAGAGCACCAAUCGGUAGUCUCUUCUUUGCUGGUGAAGCUGUCAGUAUGGAGGAUCACCAAGGUUCUGUUCAUGGAGCUUAUGCAUCAGGAAUAAUGGCCGCUGACAACUGUCACAGACAUCUCUUAGAAAGACUCGGUGAUAUGAAAAGUGUUCCUUGGAGGGAAGAAAUUUAUGAUACGUCAAUUCCUCUUCAAAUUUCAAGGAUGUAAACACAAUGAAUCUGAAAAUUAUGUUAACAUUUGUGAAGAUGUUGGAAUGAAGCCAUCCUUCCCCAAACUUAAAGCGACUAAGUCGAAGGUAAAAGAGGGAGGAUCCUUUUAGUAUAGUAGCUGUAACUGAUUGAACAUUUUGUUACUCCACCUUGCUAUGUGAUCCUUUUCUUCGAUCCAAAUUUCAAGUUUUUUUUUCUCAAA